AUGUCUAGCACAAGCAAACGACCUUUUCUCUUUUGUGGCACCGAUGGCCUCCAGGCAGGCAGCUACGAUGCUCCCAGCGGCAGCCGUAUUGAAAACGAGGGCGCUCCGUCUCACCUGGCUGUCAACAGGAGCAAGUGUUGGCCUGCUGGCAAGAAGAUUCAUGUGCGUUUCCUUGACGGUAGUUUGGAGAUCCAGCAGAGAGUGAGGCACUGGACGCAGUCCUGGGAAGAGUUUGCCAAUAUCGACUUCAAGUUUAUGGCCGACGACGAGCAAGGCCAUGCCGAUAUUCGGGUCGAUUUCCAGUUCGUGCGAGAUCUAGGCACCUGGUCGUACAUCGGCAGGGACGCAGAGGUGGGUGUCAUCGAGCAGAAACAUCCCACCAUGGAUUUCGGCGAACUUAACGGCAACUCUCCUGAAAGCGAGAUUCACCCCUUUCGCACACACAACGAUGGCAAGCUUGAAAUCGUCCCGGGCAUCCGAAAGGCGGUGGAUAACCUCGUCCCUCUGAAUUCGAGAGGCAUUGACUUGGAUCCGCCAUACCUUACCCCGCCACGCGUGGCUCUCGGCCGCGCGCAGCUCGACGAGGCACACAACGCAAACAUCCGCCUCAAUACGCUAACUUUCGUCUGCAAAGUAGGCUCUUGGAGCACGCUCGAAGAUCGCGGUGUCCAAGACCCGGCGCAGCCGGUGCACGACGAGACCAGCGGCAAGAUUGUGCGCCGGGACACGACGCAGACUGCUUUACCGCGAAACACAUACGCAGCGGGCCAGCCUCCCCAGGUCCUGACCUGGCUAACGGGCCUCGAUCUGGGGAAAGACGCAAACUGGCGAAUCAUGUGUUAUGCCAAAGCAAUCACCCACAAGGGCUUCGACCUAGUCAUCGAGACGUGGGGAAACACCUUCUGCCACAGCGCUAGUGCCUCGCGGGUGGCCCACCCUGCGGGCUGGAAGGGGUACAGAGCGGCAAGGUCAGUUCCCUUGACGUGCGGGAGUGGUAUCCCCCCGAUAACAAAGACCAAAGGCAAGGUCAUGAUCGCGGACGAGGGGGCGUUUGACAAGUCGCCCAAGGUCUUCAUUAGCAUGAGUGCGCUGGACAUGGACAGCGCUAAGAACAUAAGAGCCAAGAUCUUUGCAAAUAAGAUUAGCUCGGAUGGAUUCACAUAG